AUGCAUCUACCAUCUUUGCUUUCACUAGCUGCACUCUUGGUUUCCAGUCUAGAGACUGCUCAAGCCAAAGUUCACACGGCCAAAAUCCACAAGCACAAAGUCGAUGACGAGCUAAAGGAAGUGGUGUUUGAACAGCACAUUGCGCACUUGGGUCAAAAGUACUUGUCUCAAUUCAAGAGUGCUUACCCAGAAGCUGAUAUUCCCCAGGAACAUCCAUUCUUCGCCGAGGCUGGUCACGACGUGCCCUUGACCAACUACUUGAACGCACAGUACUACACGGAUAUUACGCUGGGUACUCCUCCACAGAGCUUCAAAGUGAUUUUGGACACUGGUUCAUCGAACCUAUGGGUUCCUGGCUCCGAGUGUGGCUCGUUGGCCUGUUUCUUGCACGCCAAAUACGACCACGAUGCUUCGUCCACUUACAAGGCCAACGGAAGCACUUUUGCUAUCCAAUACGGUUCCGGGUCGCUUGAAGGUUACAUUUCGCAAGACACGUUGAGCAUUGGUGACUUGACGAUCCCCAAGCAAGAUUUUGCCGAAGCCACCGCUGAGCCCGGACUAGCGUUUGCUUUUGGCAAGUUUGACGGUAUUUUGGGAUUGGCGUACGACACUAUCUCUGUGGACAGAGUGGUUCCACCAGUGUACAAGGCGAUCAGCGACGGCUUGUUGGACGAGCCUAGAUUCGCAUUCUACUUGGGAGACGCGGACAAGAACGAGGACGGCGGAGAGGCCACGUUUGGCGGCAUCGACUCGUCCAAGUACGAGGGCGACAUCACGUGGUUGCCCGUGCGUCGGAAGGCGUACUGGGAGGUCAAGUUCGAAGGUAUCGGUCUGGGCGACGAGUACGCGGAGUUGGAGGGCCACGGCGCUGCCAUCGACACGGGCACCUCUUUGAUUGCGCUACCCUCGGGGCUAGCCGAAGUGCUGAACGCCGAAAUCGGCGCCAAGAAGGGCUGGAGCGGCCAGUACGCGGUGGACUGUGAGUCCAGAGACCAGUUGCCGGAUCUCACCUUCACGUUCAACGGCUACAACUUCACGAUCGGGCCCUACGACUACACGUUGGAGGUGUCUGGGUCGUGCAUCUCCGCGUUCACGCCCAUGGACUUCCCGGAACCCGUGGGUCCGCUGGCCAUCAUCGGAGACGCGUUCUUGCGCAGGUUCUACUCCGUGUACGACCUGGGCAAUGACGCAGUCGGGUUGGCCAAGGCCGUGUAG